GUUUGUUGUACAUUGCGUAUUGUCCUAAUUAACAUUAUUCGGAUUAUAAUAGUGUGCCCUCAUUAGCAUGUAAAUUUAAUACAGUUACUGAAUGUCGGUGGAUCAUUGGCUUGCAUGACCAACGAUAUUAAAAUUUAGUAUUUUUUAUUUGUUAAUUUUGAAUGAAUACAUUUUGGGAUUGUUUAACUGGGUUGAAACUUGUUUACCAGGUCCCUGUAAUUUUUUGGUAUCACCGAGAGCGUGUGUGUGUUAGCAAUAAAGUGUUAUUGUUUGUUAUCAGUAAGUCAUUUUGAGUGGUCUCGCUAAUAGUGCGAGUGAAUGAAUUAAACAUAACUAGUCAUCGUUCGCACAGCGCGCAACAGACAGACAGUCACGGUGGGUCGCCGAUCAGCAGUAAGACGCGUUACGUUGCGAAAAGUGGUCGCGAUGGUGCUCGUACUCGCUGCGCUCGGGGCCGCCUGUGCCGCCGUUUUGUUCACCCAAGGAUUCCUUUGUAUGUUGGUGUCUAUUAUAAUACUUGGUAUUGUUUACCUUCUCGCAUUCCACCAACGCUGGUGUUACGUCGCUAUCAAAACUACUCCAAGAGAUCUCAGGGCUCUAUUGUCAUACAUAAAGAUCUUAUGGAUAACAAGGAAGUUUAGUAGCAAGGAUUUGACUUUGCCGGAUAUAUUCCAUGACAUUGUCAGUAGACAUCCAGACAAACCAUGUUUCUUGUUCCAAGAUGAAGUCUGGACUUUCAAAGAGGUAGAAGACUACAGUUUACGAGUCACAGCCGUACUUAAAGCUCAAGGCAUAAAGAAAGGAAGCAUUGUAGGACUAUUGGUGAACAACUGCCCACAACAGCCGGCUCUAUGGAUGGGAAUAGCUAGACUAGGAGCCAUCACACCUCUUAUCAACACCAACCAAAGAGGGAAUGCCUUAAUCCAUUCAGUGAACGUAGCUAAAUGUGACGCACUAAUAUUCUCCGACGAAUACCAAUCAGCUAUCCAAGAUGUAGCCAAAGACUUGAGCCCAUCUUUGAAGUUAUUCAAGUUCUCCCAACGUCCUUUGAAGACUUCCAAUUCCAAGUCGGAAGGUAGUGGAGAUGGUAUCGCCGAUUUCACCAACUUGGUGGAGACCACAUCGCCAGCACCCUGGACCCUGGCUGAUGCUGAUGGGUUCCAAGGAAAGCUGUUGUAUAUCUACACGUCUGGAACUACUGGAUUGCCUAAAGCAGCUGUUAUUUCUAAUGCUAGGUUCGUCUUUAUGGCAACUGGACUUCAUUACAUGGGUUUGGAAGGGAACGAUGUGUUCUACUGCCCUCUCCCUCUCUACCAUACGGCGGGAGGAGUGAUCAGUGUCGGCCAAGCAGUAAUAUUUGGCUGCACAGUCGCACUCAAGACGAAAUUCUCCGCUUCUCAGUACUUCCCCGACUGUGUCAAGUAUAAGGCCACGGCUGCCCAUUACAUAGGCGAGAUGUGUCGCUACGUGUUGGCCACGCCCCCCUCGCCUGCGGACACGCAGCAUAGCGUGCGUGUUAUCUAUGGCAACGGACUUAGACCUCAGAUCUGGAAAGACUUCGUGAAGAGAUUCAACAUCCAGUCGGUGACAGAGUUCUACGGAGCGACUGAAGGAAAUGCCAACAUAGCGAAUGUGGACGGUACACCAGGUGCCAUUGGCUUUGUAUCCAGGAUAUUCCCCAAAGUAUACCCCAUCGCCAUCAUCAAAGUGAACCAGGAGACUGGAGAGCCUAUCCGAAACUCAAAAGGACUUUGUCAGUUAGCGGAACCGAACGAGCCUGGAGUAUUUAUCGGCAAGAUCCAAGCAAGCAACCCAGCACGUCAAUACCUCGGCUACGUGGACAAGGCAGCUUCAGACAAGAAGGUCGUUCAAAAUGUCUUCCAUUUCGGAGACUCCGCGUUUAUAUCUGGUGACAUCUUAGUAGCAGAUGAGUUCGGCUACCUCUUCUUCCGCGACCGAACUGGCGACACGUUCAGAUGGCGCGGCGAAAAUGUAUCCACCACAGAGGUUGAAGCCGCCAUCUCUAGAGUAGCUGACCAUAGAGACGCUGUCGUUUAUGGUGUAUUGGUACCCAACACGGAGGGUAGAGCGGGCAUGUGUGGUAUAGUGGACGUGGACGGUACCCUGGACCUGGACAAACUGUGCAGGGACCUGGCGAGAGACCUGCCUGUAUACGCGAGACCUGUGUUCAUCAGGGUCAUGGACAGCUUAGACAUGACUGGUACAUUUAAAAUGAAGAAGACUGAUCUACAAAAGGAUGGUUUUGACCCGAAACUAGCCAAGAAGGACAAGCUUUACUACUUAGAUCUAAAACAAGGUCGGUAUCUACCGCUAGGCGUGGAAGAGUAUGACAAAAUCAUUAGUGGACAAAUUAGGCUGUGAUCUGUUUUAUAAUCUGUUGUCUUCGUGUUGUUAUUUGUAUUAUAACGUUUACAGCCAUUCUUGAUAAUUUAUCUGUGGGUGGGGGCCUAGGGGCCUAGUAUUGUCUCUGGUGUUGCAAGUGUACUUAGGGUACAGUGAUUGCUUACCAUCAGAUGGCAUGUACGUUUAUUGCUACUGAUGUUAGUAUGAACUGGACUGCACAGAAUUUUGAAUAUUCUCUAGUAAAUUAUCCAUUGAUAGAUAUAUUAUUUGGAAUGGCUGUUAGUAAAUCAGUAGACUUGCUAUGUCUAUUUAUAAAAAAAAUGACAUUAAUCGUAAAAAUCUAAAUUUUUAUUGUGCAUUGACUCAAGCACACGUUUUCACCUAUUGUUAUAUAUCAAAACCAUAACUGUUCACUUUGAUGCUCGAUUCCGAACAUUAAAUUCGUUGUUAUAGGGCAUAAAAUCAAUAAAAUCGACGAGGAGAAUUUUUUCUUAGUUUAAUAUGGCUAUAACUUGUACACGAACAGCGAACACACAUCAAACUAUACAUAGCCAGUAUAAACUGAGCGUUGAAUGAUCAGUAAGAUUAAACGACUCGAGACCUUGAGAAACUGGUUUUGUAUACCUCGCUGUGUAUGCUAGCCUUUUGUAGACUAUACAUCGGUUAAAUAGUAGAAGUAGCUAGGUGUAAAUAAAAUAUACAUAUUUAACUUAAAAACUGUUUUAUUAGCGAUGUUGUUAGUAUAAAACUAAGCCGUUGAUGUCACUGCUUCCAAAAUAGAAGACUUAGCAUACAAUGCGCAAUUUCCUUAUGUUUUGCAUUUAUUGUAUAUUAAAAAAUGUGUAUCUAUUAUUAGAGGAAUGUGGUAAAACAAUGUUUAUAUAGUAUAUUGUCUGUCACUAAUGGUUAAAAUUGCUGUUACUUCAUCCAUUCUUUUAAAAAUAAUUGAUCCUGUUUGGUCCUUAAUCAAUAGUGGCGCCACUCAAAGCACAAAAACUAAAGUCUCUUUCAUGCUGGGAUUGAAAUAAGAAUUUGGAUGCUGUUCUUUUAAUGCAUUGUCGAUUAACUUGUUCUAUUGUCUCUGUCUAAAAUAUGGCCACAGAUUCUCUCAUGAUUACGUAUUUUGUGCAAGAUGAAGAAUAUAACUUCUUGUGCUUCUGUCUUCAUGAAACAUCACAUGUGUCUAUUUUUGCUAAAUAUAUAUCUAUACCUUUUAGACCUUACAUUCCUAGGCAAUUUUCCAAACCUGCUUUACGGAAAAGACCUUUUAAAAAAAUAUUUCAAAUUUAAAAUGUUAUGUACAAUCGACAAAGUUUGCGGUCGACCAACAUUAGGGAAUAUUCGCAUGCACUCAGCGCGAGCGACCGCAGGAAAAAUGCCCGGUGAAUAAGGAAUUUGCCACAGGAUUUUGUUAAAAAAAUGUGCAACCGUAAACUUUGCCGAUGAUACAUGGACUCUAGAGGAGUUGGGAAUCUAUGAAUUUAUUAAAUUAGCUCUUAAUGGACUGAUCUGUUUAAGCUGUGGUAGAAAAAAGGCAUGCUGUAGUUUUUAAAAGACUUUUUUGUUAUAUGCAUCGUACUUACAUUUUUGUAAAAGGAACUCGAAAUAAAUAAAACUAAAAUCAAAUAAAGUUUAUUUAAUUUAAAAUGGGUAAUUGUUGGUGUAUUUGAUUAUGCUUUAUGUAUAUUUUUGCUUGUAUUAAUAAACAUUACAUAUUUUUUUUGUAUCUUAAUUAAGAGCAGUUUGUUACUGGAGAUACGGGGUGACUUAACGAAAGAUAAAACGGAAAGUUCGGAAUAUUUUGACCUUAUAUGAUUACUUUCCGUAACAAACCAAAGAAAAACAAAUAUAAGCUUUGUUACUGGAUUCCUAUUGGUUGGGCUUAAUCAUCAGCCUGUGUUCGUCCACUGCUGGGCAUAGGCCUCUCCAAUGGCGCGCCACAGAGCUCAAUCUUCAGCUCUUCUCAUCCAACCACUGCCAGCCACCUUGAAGAUUGGGCUUACGUCAAAGUAAUAGUCCAGGGUCAAAAUAGCCGGGAUUUAAUCGGUACCUAAUUUUUAUUUUAAAGUCCGUCUGGUAUAUUGUUUUAAAACAUUAGACUCGUAUUUUUAUUUUUUUACA